AUGGUUAAUAAGACCAAACAUUUAUCGAAUAGUAUUCUUCCCAAUAAUAAUAACAACAAUAACCAUGGAAAUAAUCAUGGAAGUGGUCAAGAAGAACCACCAUCACUACAUCCCAUCUCAUGUAAUCGGUGCCGAUCUAGACACACCAAAUGUGAUAAACUACUUCCAACAUGUUCAUAUUGCAUGGAGAAUAACCUUCCAUGCAUUUACGAAACUCCCAAAAAGUUGAGGAAAAACUACAUGGCAGAAUUUGUUGAUUUGAAUCAGAAUGUAGUUUCUUCUGCAUUGACUCACUUGCAAAAUCCCCAAUCGAAAUAUAAGGUCUACAAAUUCAGUGUAGGAGAAAAGAAAAAGAAGAAGAGGAGAGAAAGACCAAGUAGAAAUGAACAUCUUCAACAACAUGUUGUUGCAUCUUCAAAUUCCACUUUGGAAAAUAUGGAUAGUAAUAGUCCUGCUAGGAUCAAAUGCACAAUCUAUUAA